AUGACCCAGAAUCUUGCUGACGUGGACCUGCGCAAGAGAGAGCUCGCCCCCUCUCGACAUCGAGAGACACAGGACUUGCCGCUCGCCAACCUCAUCGGGGAAGUCGAUCAGCAAGAGAUUGAGGCUCUGUACAAGCGGUUCAGGAGGUUGGACAAAGACCGCAAGGGCUUCAUCUCAUCUGAGGAGUUCCUGAGCAUUCCGGAGCUCUCCAUCAACCCCUUGGCACAACGCUUGUCCUUUUUUGUAGAGAGCAUCAACUUCAAGGAGUUUGUCACCUUCCUCUCCGGGUUCAGUGCCAAGGCGGGGCGGGAGGAGAAGCUGAAGGUCAUGUUUGAUGUGUAUGACGUCGACGGCGACGGCUUCAUCUCCGAGGACGACAUGGCGCAGACCCUGCGGUACCUCAUUGGCAGUACCCUGGCCGAGGCCGAGCUGCGCAGCGUGAUCGAGCGGACCAUGGUCGCCGCAGGGGCUGAUGCCAAGGGGCUGACCUUUGCGCAGUACAAGGAGGCGCUGGGCGACACCCAACUGGCCCUCAACCUUGAAGUGCCCACCGGGGACUAG